AUGUCUACUCCUCAAGGUACCAUUUUGGUUACUGGGGCUAAUGGAGGUCUUGGUGCAGCCAUUGUUGAUGAUAUCAUCAAGAAGCCAAAUCUAGCCAGCAACUAUGCAGGCGUGUACACGGUCAGGAAAGCAGCAACGGCAACUCGACUCCAGAAGACCUUGAGCUACGCACCAGCUUCUCACAAGCAUGAUACUGUAGACCUGGAUCUUAGUUCACUGGCAAGCGUAAGAACAGUAGCAGUUGAGAUUAACCGUCGGGUUUCUGCUGGAGAGUUGCCGCCGAUCAGAGCUCUCAUCCUCAAUGCUGGGUAUCAGGACCAUGAGUUGAUUACCAUGACCGAAGAUGGUUACGAAACGAGCUGGCAAGUGAAUUUCUUGGCCAACCAGCUACUCGCCCUUCUCUUGCUCCAGAGUAUGGACAAAGAAAAGGGAAGAAUACUCAUUGUUGGAAGCUGGUCCCAUGACGUCAAGGAUUCGAGAAACAACGCCAGCAUGGAGUGUUACAAAGAUAUCGAGAGCCUCUUUCCUGGACCAGACGAGCUUGCAAAAGGCAAAUGGAGUAGACCAGGCUCUGGCGGGGGAUGGCUCGCAGGAUAUCGGCGAUAUGGAGCCAGUAAACUAUGUGCCGUGAUGCUCAUGCACGAAUUAGUGAACCGUCUCGCGCACGAUGACAAGCUAUCCAACAUCACAGUAGUUGGGUUAGACCCGGGCGUCAUGGGAACAGAUCUCACGCGACGAGGUAGUGCUGUGAUGUACUACGGCCUCAAGUUUGUUGCUCCGCUUGUAGCUCCUCUGUUGGUCAAGUUUAGCCCCAACGGAGACUAUCGUCCAGCGUGGAAGAGUGCUGGAGAUGCGAUUCAGCUUGCGUUUGAAACUGACGCUUCGGCUGGCAAACCACUCUAUCUGAACGGUACAGAUGAACUUGAAACGUCAAAGGAGGCACAAGACGAUGCCAAGCGAAGAGCCCUGUGGACCUAUGGGCUGGAGGCAGCCCAGAUCAAGCAGGGGGACACGAUUUUGCAAGAUUGGCAGUAG